AGAUUAUCAGACGGACAAAAUUAAAUCAGAGGAAACCGACGGCUCUGAUUCGGACGACGCAGAGGAGGAAACUGAAAGAGCGAGGAAUAAAAGGGCCUCUUCAAUAAAACGGUCAAAAAGAGUCGAUAGUGAAGGUAAGAGAAGAGGAGGUGGUUUUAACAAAGCAAGCAGACUUUCCCCACAACUUCAGGAACUUUUUUAGGAGUCCCUGAAUUGGCGAGGACUGAGGUAACUUUGAAACAUCUCGAUAAAUUUUCAGUUUCUUAUUUGUUAGUUUCAUAAUUCAGGAAGCUAUUUAGUUCUAAAAUUUCUGUUUUACAAUGGUGCUAGGUAGUCAAGCAAAUAUGGGCUUAUAUUAGAGAGAAAAAUUUGCAAGACCCAAUUAAAUAGAAAAAUAUAAUUUGUGAUGAGCAAUUGCAUGCAAUUUUUGGUGUUGAUUCCAUUGACAUGUUUCAAAUGAACAAAGCCUUGUCAAAACACAUCUUGCCCUUGGAUCUAGAUGAUGGUAAUAAAUCUGCCCCUUCAACCAUUUUGCUUUUGUUAAAAUAUUUUAGAUAAUGUUAUUCCAUAUGUUUGGUUUUUGGCUCAAAUUUCUCUACUUUUCUGAAACGUGCAAGUGAAAACUGCCGAUUCUACAGCUAGUAACCGGUAAAUGUGUUGGAAAUCAGAAAAGCACUUCUUUAUCGUAAAUUCUUAAUGUCGCUUUUUUCUCAGGAAUCAGGGCAUUAUUAAAUCAAGGAAGGAUACUGUUUUCCCUUCAGCAAUAUGCUCCAAAUGUCUUCUAAGUCCAACCAAUGUAUUAUCUAAUAUGAUAUGCUGCCUUUGUUUCAGUCAAGUCAUUGGAGAAGGAAAAACCAUGGAAGCAUGAAAGAGAAGAAGUCAAAUCAAUGGAGAAGGAAAAACCAAGAAAUCACGAGAGAGACGAAGCAUUUGCGCGGUUGUAUCCGUUCAGAUCCAGAUGAAGAAAAGCAAAGGAAAAAGCGACAGAAGGGAUUUCUUGCUCCUCUUCAACUUUCGGACGCUCUAGUAAAAUUUCUUGGAACCGGAGAAAAUGAGCUUACGCGGGCUUCUGUAAUAAAGAGAAUGUUGGAUUACAUAAAAGAAAAUAAUUUCCAGGAUCCAUCUGACAAGAGGAAAGUAAUAUGUGACGAGAAGCUGAAAGAGCUCUUCGAUGUCGAAACCUUCCAUGGGUUCACUGUUACAAAACUCUUGGCUGCUCAUUUUCUCAAGAGUUGACCUACUUGGAUUGCGGGUAUCGUUCUCGUUAAGAAACAAGGAAUCCAUUCAUUGUUUUGCUUAGGAG